AUGCAGUCGUGCCCGCCGAUCAACAAACUCGUUAUAGGGGAAGAGGAAAAGGAGGGCAUAGCACAUGAUUCACGAGUUCUAAAAGAAGUUGUAUUUAAUCCAACUUCCGGCUUUCCAUUUCCUCCACCAGACAAAUAUUACCUUUGUGAUUCCGCAUACACCAACACUCGUGGAUUUAUGGCUCCCUACCGCAAUACGAGGUGGAGGAAGUGA